AUGAGCCCCGGUCAUGAACAACGCAAACCUGGCUUUAUGCAACCGACGGUGACUUUUAAAGCUCGCGGCCGAACUCCUCGGCCUAUUCUCCCUCGCAAUCUCAACAGUCAAGACACGCCUGCAGAAAGAGAUGCACGUCGACGACAAGCUGCAAUUAGCAGAGAACAUCGAUCUAUUCGUCGCGGCGGCGGCGAGCCUUCACCCACCCCAAAUUUAGAAGAACUAUUAAGGACUGCACAAACUCGGUCUUCUCAAGAGGGCAGAGAACAUUCCAGUGACGAAGGUGGCCAUUCUUGGGUGCCGAUCUUUCGCUCGAGGCGAGAUUUCUACUACGGUGCCGUCAGCUGUUUUCGGACACAGUUCCCCAUCACCAAUGCCUAUACGAUCACGGUCCAUAAGGUGCAAGGAAUGACGGUGAAAAAGGCCGUCCUGAACCUCACGGCUCGUGAUUUUGUGGCGGGUCUCAGCUACGUCGCAGUGUCCCGCAUCAAGUUACUCCGAGGUAUCCUAUUCGAAGAGCCUUUUGAUUUCGAGCGUUUUCGAGUGAGAAUAUCUGACACGGUCAAGUCACGCCUAGCCGAUCGAGAACGACGUCGUCCCGAGCAUGUUGGCUGGACUGAACGGGAAGAGCGUGAUAUUCCUCUCCGCAGCAGUCCUCCGCCUAUUCCGUCCUCGCCAAUGGGCCUACCUCAAUCCGAGCCAUCAUUGUCCAGCAACGACUCGAUAAGCGAUUACUAG